CAUGUAUAAUAGUCCAAAUCCAAACCUGCUUACUGACAGUUAAAGGGAUGUGAGUCAAACCUGCCAAUUGAGAUGUUUCUGAGAUUUUAUGCCUGCAUUACUUUGGGCUUAUCACAGCUGAGCUAUAUCAGUGCAACAAUACAUAAUGGUUUCUUUUUCACCUGGCUUGCGAAUAACAGUGACCCGUCUUUCUAUCCAAUAAACAAAACAUCGGACAAAGUCAAGGUUAUUUUGAAAUUUAGAAGUCGAUGGAGUAGCCUGACAAAUCCAUGCCUUAAUGUCCCACCGCCUGGUUUAUGCUCCUCCUCAAGCGCAUUGCCAUUAUAUUUUUACUUUGGAUCCACGGAAGCAUCGCCUGGGAAUUUCUAUACCAAGUUGUUUGCGCAGUUUCAAUGCCCAUCCUAUCCACAUACAAAGGCAAGCUUAAAUGGCUACAAUGAAAUUAGACUGAUCAUCCAGCGGAAUUUCUUCUACAAGAUAAGAUAUACUGGAUGCUGUUGGAAUCCAGCACUGAUCAAAUAUCCUAACUCUUUGGUGAAUGUAGAAAGCCUGAUUUCGUUUCCUCUGAAUCGUCUUGGUGGAUUGAAUAGUCCAGUACAGCUUCGUUAUUUUCCAAGAUUUACCAUUUUGCAAAACGAAAUAAAGACUUUCCAUUUACCUACCUAUGACCCUGAUGAUGAUGUUAUCAAUUGUCGCUGGGCGUACAGCUAUAGUGAAGGCGGAGGUGUUUAUAAUGCACGUAUUGGAGCUUUGGACCAUGGCAACUGCAGUCUUACUGUAAAUGGAGCAUCGUACCAAUCUGGCCGUUACGCUGUCGUUGUCAUGUUGGAAGAUUACAAGACUAAUUCUUUGCACACUAAAUACCACAGCGUUUCAUUGCAGUUUUCUAUAGAUAUCCUAAGCCCCACACACGAACAAGAGUCUGAAGUGAAUUGCACUUUAAUAAAUAAAAUUUACGCUCCCUUGGGCCCAAUGGUUGCUCGAGUACUGCCACCGCCUGCAGCUCCUGCAAUGAGGCCUUAUUCAAGUAUUGAUGGCUGCAAGAAUUACCACAAUCUCUCUUCGCAUGACCGCUCCGUAGAUCACAGUGAUUGGAGCUCCUAUAGAUGUGAUAUGUUUUUGUAUGGCUGGUAUCGUUUCACAGGCCAAUCCGGCACAACUCUGGUAAGCUCCUGUCCUGCUGGCUGGUCCAAAUCAAGUUCUAGCUGUGGAACAUUUUAUAAGGGUUGGUUAAAAGAUCAAGUUGCACCAAGCAUCGAAGAAGGUGUUGUGAAUAGAACAGUUUGUUUUUCUACACAUGGGAGCUGCACAUGCACGUUAAGAAGAGAAAUAAAAAUUAGGAACUGCGGAGGCUUUCUUGUUUAUUAUUUCGAUGCAGUACCAACAUGCAAUGCAAGAUAUUGUGGAAAGCCAGAUCUUGGAGCGAAGGUUUAUUGCAGUUCAAAUUAUAUGCAAAUUGAAUUGGAUGAAUCUCGGUACAACAUAUCAAAAUACUUAUCAGUUACUCUAAGAUCAACAAGUUGCAAAGUCUCAGCAUCAAGUACAAAAAUUAUCAUUGGAACAAAACUCAAUGCUUGUGACACAAUCAAAAAAACCGUUGGAAGUCAUUUCAUAUACGAAAACCAGCUGGUCCUAAGGCCAAAGACAUUUGGCAUCAUUUCUCGCGACCCUGACGUCUAUAUAACAUUUUCCUGUGUGUUUGCGACUGACACUUUCAUUUCGUCAUCUGGUCAUGACCUCGUAAAAGAGGUAAAUGCAACAGAACCCGGUUUCGGUCAGUUCCAGCUGAAUAUCGACCUGCAUAUCAAUAGCAAAUUCAAUCUGAAACACAAAAAGUUCCCUAUUUCUGUUCAACUCACAGACCGUCUAUAUUUUGAAGUACGCUCUUCGGCUUCUAGUGACUAUAUGGUAUUGGUUAGCAGCUGCUACUCCACGCCGGUCAAAGACGCAAGCAACGAGAAAAAGUACUUCUUUAUCAAAGAAAGGUGCCCAGUGAACAACAAGGUGCAGUUUCACUCAGGAACUAGAGGUCAGCAACGCUUCAGUUUACCAGCUUCUGCGUUGCUAGAGAGCAGUCCCAAGGCAUAUGUUCACUGCCUCAUUUUCCUCUGCUUUAUGACCUCAACAGACAGUAGGUGUCAGUCUGGUUGUCAAGGAAACAAUUUAAAACGCACCACUCGCAGUGUCAGUGAAAAGACACCAAUCUAUAGACCAUCGACGGUAUCUAAUUAUUAUAUGGUCGAAGUUGGAGCAAUAGAAAAAGAGCGGGACCAGUCGAAAGGCCACGAUGCGACACCGAAAGCAGAGGCAUUGAUGUUUCUUAUGUUGACAAUAGCUUGGAUUUUGCUGUACGCAAUGUAAGUCACGAUCAAUGAAUGUCACGAUCAUCAAGCAAUGCCACGCUGGUCUGAAAGGCGUUGUUGAGUAUCAUAUAGCUGAAUUCCGUGACGGCAAAUAAAUAGAUUUUGGUGUUAUGGGGUGUUAACCUUAACGUCUUUUAACGAUUGAUAUCUUUGAGACGCCAGGAAUGCUUUCGUAGUUUAAUUCUGGCCGUAUCUUUAUAGGAUGAUAAGAAUAGACUUAGAUGGUAUUUAUUUUCUUUUUGAAUUGCUCAAAACCAAGAAGAGAAAGCUUAACUCUCCCUUAAUAUAUCUCAUUUAUUGAAUGAAAGCUGGCAAAAGACGUCACGUUUGUAUAAAAUUCAUGCCUUUUAUAGCACCAUACCAAAGUAAUUAUACUUUAACAACGAACAGUUUUUAACACAUUUUAUUCUAUGUCUUCAGAUAGCGAGAUCAUUUCUUGUGGUAUCAGCUAAAUACAAAAAAGCUUGACUUUAUUUUCCAAGAAAUGAUUUGAUAAACAACUCUUUUCAAAUCUGAAAGAAUAUGUGCAGUUUAAGCUAGGCACGGAGUAAACAAAGAUUUUUAAAAGCAGGCGAUGAAAGAAGAUUUGGUUUUAUAACGUGCAGUAAUCUACAUACAUUAAAUCGAUAGUCUUCCAUUUGCAAAUAUACAUUAAUGCUAGAUGAAUUUCAGUUUUUUGCUGAGCUGGCCUACA